GAAGUUUUAAAGGGGGUGUCGCUAUUAUAUCUGCCAACACUGGUACACUCUUUUUUUCGGUAGCAAAAACUGUUUUCCAUUUCGUUGGGGCCGAAAUUCCAGAAUUCGCUUGUAUUUGUAUAUCCAUGAGCAGCAGCGAUAAGUUCUGAACAGCCCGUCGCCCACGCCACGUCGAACAGCCCGCUUUAGCGUCCAGAGAUAUCAGUUCCAGCGGAGAGACAAGACAAGUGCAAAAAUGAGCUCAAACCAGCGGACGAAGCUAAUCCAGGAGAAGUGUCAGACUCUGCUCACGCAGAUGCUCCGCGACGAGGAUAACAAAUAUUGUGUGGAUUGCGAUGCUAAAGGUCCCCGAUGGGCUUCAUGGAAUCUGGGCAUGUUUCUGUGCAUUCGCUGCGCCGGAAUCCACCGCAACCUGGGUGUGCACAUAUCACGAGUCAAAUCAGUCAAUCUGGAUACCUGGACGCCAGAGCAGGUGAUCUCGCUGCAGCAAAUGGGCAACUCACGGGCCCGCGCCGUUUAUGAGGCGCAGCUCCCGGAUGGAUUUCGACGACCCCAGACGGACUCUGCGCUGGAGAACUUUAUACGGGCCAAGUACGAGCACAAGAAGUACCUGGCCCGUGAGUGGGUGCCGCCCUCUCCUCCGAAAGUCGACUGGGCCAAGGAAAUCGACGAGGAACUAGAACGCCAAAAGCGCAAAAAGAAGACUGCGCAGGCCAGUUUGGGCAUUGGGGGAGUGACCGGUGGCGUGGACAAGCGCGCUGUUUCCUCCUCUUCUUCGGUAUCCAAGAACGCCCCGCUACCUGCCCCGCUGCCCAAGCCGAAGCCCAACCAAGUCGGCGGCUGCAGCCCGAAGACAUCCCAGCGUAUUCAGCUAAACAACAGCAACAGCAGCGCCGGCGAAAGCGACCUUCUGGGCCUGUCAUCGCCCACCAAGCCGAUGCCAAUGACCAGUGGUGGGGCCGGCAGUAGUGCAAGCCAAGACCUGCAAAACGAAAGUUUCACCAGCUUUCUUAGUGCCGACGCCAUGACCGUACAGCCGGAGAAGACAAACGGCAGCAAUGGCGACGCUGGCGGCUUGAUAGCCGGGAAGCCAGGCUCACUGGCCCAGGAGGAGCAGGACUUCUUCAGCCAAGGCUCGUUGGGGAUCUCGGGCAGUGAGAAAGACACAUCGGGAAAGCUCUCGAAGGAUAGCAUUCUGGCAUUGUAUGGAAACACGCCGGCCGCUCAUAAUCCACAAAUGAACUUUGGCGGAUUUACGGGCAUGGCACCCGGUGGAUAUAUGCAUCAGCAGCAGCAGCAGAUUCCCCACCAGUUUAUGACCCCGCCGAACUCGGUCAGUAUGUACAACUCGCCGGUAAUGGCAGCUCCAAAUGCUUUCAGCAACGCUCCCAUAAGCAGUGGUGCCAAUGCUAUGAGCCUGGGAGGCGUUGGAUUCGGUGGCGCUCAGUUUCCCAACUCGGGAAGUAGUCCAUACGCUGCCAGCGGCCAGGGAACUGCCCAAAAUCUGAUGCAGACUAACCAGAGCAUCCUCAGCGGGAUGCCGUUGUUCGGAUCAGUGCCCUCGCAGCAACAACAGCAGCAUCCCCAGUUGAGCGGCCUCUCCAUGAACUUGAUGCAGCCCAGCGGAAUGUCGAUGGCUCCACAGCAGGGCUCGGGCGGAUUUGCUGCUGCUGCCGGGCCUCCAGCCUCAUCGGUACCGUCAAACUUGAAUCAGCAAUUCGGGAACCUAAAUAUUGGUAAUGUCUGGCAAUAAAUACGGCGUGUAUUUAUGUAGUUGUAUUCCUUUAAUUAAUUUUAAGAAACAAGUGUUCGUCUCAGUGUUGCAACCUGUGUGUGUGUGUGUGAGACGUUAAUGCUUGUUUACAGGCAUUCGAUUUGUACAACUUGCCAAGGUAGUUAGUUGUCCUAUGAGGAUUCGAAGCAGAAACUAUACGUAUUAUAGAUGAAUUCACUUGUCACUGUCAAGCAGCAAGCCACUGUAUUUAAACAACGUUCAUGACCACCAAGGACCGCGUCUAAUCGUUCAAUCUAUUCCAAUUAUACCAUUAUACAUACAUACAUGUGUAACGACCUAACUAAUAAUAAAAAUUUAACUAAGAAACUUAAUGCACUUUCCAAUAAAAUGUACAUGUUAUUUUGAAACAUUAGCUAGGUAUUUGAUACACAUGCGUAAACAAAUCGUCCACGCCAGGAUCAGGUCAGAGUCUAGAGAUUUGGCAACGUACUUUUUAAAUGCUUCAUAUCCUUAAGAAAAUAUCCACGAUUGUUUGUCAAUGUGAAUCUUAAAUGUCUUGGCUGGAGAUUCGGAUUUAAUGUAUUCGAUCUUUAAGUUGCUAUGUCUAAGGAAUAAAUCAAACAACUUCGAACUGUGUAAUAAUAAAAUAAUCAGACCAAUGUA